CGCCCCCCGCAUGUAUCUAUUUCAGCAGCUGCAAGCACUAAAGGGCUGGCAGAGGCGGAGUUUUCGGCUGCUGUUUUGGUGCGCGGUAAGUGCUGUUGAUUCCGGAGAUCGCCUUGCAGAGCGAGGCGCAGAUUUGUCCUGGAGAAAGCGCUCAGGGAUUUCUCCCCCUCGUUACCCACCCCCUUUCCUUCUCUUUCCUGAUGGAGACUUUCCACCCCAGCAAGCUGGAGAAGCACCAUCACCAGCCCGUGGAGUUUUUACAAGGUGCCAGCAGGUACGGUGCGAAGAGCCACGGCGCCUAUGGGAACGCGUUUAACUCGUGGAACGAUUACCUGGGGCUGGCCACUCUAAUCACUAAGGCGGUGAGCCACGAGAAGGGCUUCAGGACCGGGCCCUCCUCGGUGGUAGUGGCGGCGACCGUGCAGCAGGUUCAGGCGACGGAGGAAGGGGAGGAGGACGAGGAAGACGACGAGGAAGAGGAGGAGGAGGAAGAAGUGGGCACCCCUUAUUUCGAGAACUCGCUGGACCUACACGAUUUCGAUUUGUGCGGUCACCACCAUCUGAACCACGGCGAAAGCCUGCUGGAGGAGCGCUUCGCCGAUUUCAGUCCUUUCUCCGGCCGCUCCAGCCCGGCCUCGGUGGUGUUUAACUGCUCCCCGGAUCACCUGGAGCGGGACCGCUCGCCCCACGCUUGGGGGGGCCGCUUGGUAGUGAACAGCCGGCUGCAGGCUCCCCAGAAAAGCAGUUCUAGGCUACUGAAGCCGGAAUUGCAAGUCUGUGUCUUCUGCCGGAAUAACAAGGAAGCCGUGGCCCUGUACACCACUCACAUCCUCAAGGGACCGGAUGGCAGGGUCUUGUGCCCGGUGCUGCGGCGGUACACGUGCCCGCUGUGCGGGGCGAGCGGGGACAACGCGCAUACGAUCAAGUAUUGCCCCUUGUCCAAAAUGCACGGCAGCGCCCCCAAACAGCCACUCAAAAACUCCAGGCAUAUCCUGGGCAAGAAGCUCCGCUAGGAGGCGCUGCUCGAAGCCUGGGGGAUUCUGCGUAGCUACGGACACAUUGGAUCCAAAAAUUAAAUAUUUCUCUUAAUAAUAGGGGGAGGGCGUUGGAGCACUUGUGCCCUCUUCAGGGGGAAAAAAUCCUUUGGAGUUUUUUCUUUUUUAAAAAGACUUUAAUCGAAUGAUGUCUCUUUAACAUUUAAUAUAUUGAAACUUGGAGACCCUAGAAUGUACAGAGAAAAAUGUUGAUUUAUGUAUCAAAUAAUCAAGUAUAGUUUCUAGUUUGUAUAAAUAGUCGCCAGAGAAUCUGGCCCCUGAAUUAACUCUAAGAAUUAUAUGAGUUUUAGAAGUCCUGUAUUUGUUUACUGUAAAUCAUAUCUAAUUUUUAAGUCUGAGCACUCUUCAGUGGAUCUGGCUUUCUUGAAUAUUAAUCCUAAACAAGAAAGGGAGUGCCCCCCCUUGAACAAAAGAACUGCUACAGAACCUGAAAGAGCCCACUGAGCUGUACAACCUUGCAGCUCACAUAAACAUGAGACCAAAAUGGAGAUUUUUAGGUGAAUUUUUUAAAAGAGACAAGGCUGAAGGCACGCUGAGGGGAAACGCAUUGUACUGGACUGGUGCUUUGUUUCUAUUGAUGUCUUUACUGUUUGUCUAUAAGCAAUACUGGUUGUAAGAGUUGGAACUGGAGGGUACAGUUUGUUGAGGGGAAGGAUUUCUUAUGGUAUAGGUUCACUUUUAAUUCUUAACCCCCCCCCCCCAAUGUUUAAGUCCAACUUGGAGCGCAUGUUUCUUUUUUGGUUUGCCAUUCCAAAAAUGAGUUUUCCCAUUGCUCUGACUGCUUUUCUUUACAUGCUGGUUAUCUCCCUGUAGCCCAGCUGAGGAUUUUUUUGUCAAACUGUUAGAGAUGCAGUGGAAAGUAAAGAUGUUGCUGAGAUCUGACUACAGUCCGUUCUUUCCUCCCCCUAGGCUUAGCCUCUGCUCCCUUCAAAUGAUGUAAAAUGUCAAGAGCCCUGGAGGUGAGAGCAACCUCCUCAGACCACAGGGCUCACGGAGCUACUCAAGUUUCUUCUGUGAAAGCAAAGAAUUAUCCCAACUCCUAUGGCUAACAUUCUUUCACUUCUGUAAUGGUAAUCUGUACUAGAGAAAAUGCUGCCUGUCUGAUCUAAAAUAGUUGCAGUAGCUCCUCUCCUAUGCAGUUGGAUUAUUUUUAAAAUAAUACUAAAACCCCAGGCUAAAGCAGGCCAGCAUGUAUAUUGUCUAUGCUUAAGCCCAUGCAUACAAAAACUGGAGGUAACUGGUCUGGAGGUAAUGAUUGGUCAAGUGAUACCAGAGGGAGGAUUGUAACAGGGGAGAGGCUGAGUGGCUUGUAGGCCUAACAGCUGCAGGAGGAGGGAUUGAAGGAACAUUUCAGUUUUGUUUUAAAAAAACAAAAACCUUUGAUUUGGUGAAGUGGCGGCUUCUUGAUGCCUUCUAGCAGUCGCAGUGCUCUGUUUUUUCCAACAUUCCUGUAUGGAGAAACCUGUGUCUACACUGAUGCAUGUGCAGCAGUAGCUGAAAGUGUACACUUGUAUGACAGUGGGUGGUAGCAGGCUCUGUGUUCGGGUAACCCUAAAAAUGCUGCCUUAAGACAAUACCAGCAGUUAACCAUAUUCUUUUGAGUGGAGUUCUGAUGUUUGAAAUACUUUAGUGUAUUUGCAGUGUAUUUAGGGUAUUGAUGUUUCAGUUUUACAACCUUAGUGAGAGGGAUACAUACAGCAGUUCCCCUCCACUACCUGAACCAAUGAAUGUUCUUUCCACUCUCCAAUUCAGAAAGAUUGAGUCAUCUUUCAAAAUAAAGAUUCUAUGUUAACCUCA